AUGGAUCCUACUCAACAGAAUCUGGAUGCUGUGUCUGAAGAUGGUGUCACUGACUCACCUAAAAGAGGUCCAACGUUAUCAACCAGCACUAGUAGCUUUGAACCGCUUGAUCCUCAUGAUCCAAACCUCAGCAAGUUGGCAACAACCAUGUUUCAAAAGACUGCAGAUUAUUUGUUAGGAGAGCUAACUCUUACACAGGCUGAUUAUAAACUGUUAGAAGCCAUGAAUAUAGCAACUGUAUCAAAAUGUAAUGAUAUGACACUAAUGACCCAGCAAAUUAAGAAAAAUAUGGUGGAUCUGCAGGAAAAAUAUGAAUCUCUUCGUCCUGUCCUGGAACAAAUUAAUGAAAUUGAAGCUAGUGUUAUGAAACUAGAGAAGGCUGCAUAUAAACUUGAUGCAUAUUCCAAGCGCCUGGAGAACAAAGUUAAGACUCUUGAAAGGAAAUGA